CCAAGAUGGCGGCCUGCCCCUGUUUCGCCACAGUUCCUACCUUAUGAGCCUGGUUUCCUCACGCUAGUAAGAGUGGAACAGGAAAAGCUGGCAGGCUGACAGAGGUGGCCUCCGGACGGACUUUCUGGCUAUUGACCAUUUUGCUGUGGCUUACCCGGACUGUGUGUGGUGUGACAUCAACCAUGAGCUCCGUUGCAGUUUUGACCCAAGAGAGUUUUGCUGAACACCGAAGUGGGCUGAUUCCACAGCAACUUAAAGUUACCACCUUAAACUCAGAAGAAGAGAGUGACCCUCCAACCUACAAGGAUGCUUUCCCUCCACUUCCUGAGAAAGCAGCUUGCUUGGAAAAUGCCCAGGAACCUGCCGGAGCCUGGAGUAACAAGAUCCGGCCCAUCAAGGCCUCUGUCAUCACUCAGGUGUUCCAUGUACCCCUAGAGGAAAGGAAAUACAAGGACAUGAACCAGUUUGGAGAAGGUGAACAAGCAAAAAUCUGCCUUGAGAUCAUGCAGAGGACUGGUGCUCACCUAGAGCUAUCUCUGGCCAAAGACCAAGGCCUCUCCAUUAUGGUCUCAGGGAAGCUGGACGCUGUUAUGAAGGCCCGGAAGGACAUCGUUGCUAGACUGCAGACUCAGGCCUCCGCAACUGUUCCCAUUCCAAAAGAGCACCAUCGCUUUGUUAUUGGCAAAAACGGAGAGAAACUGCAAGACCUAGAGCUAAAAACUGCAACCAAAAUCCAGAUCCCACGCCCAGAUGACCCCAGCAAUCAGAUCAAGAUCACUGGCACCAAAGAGGGUAUUGAGAAAGCUCGCCAUGAGGUCCUUCUCAUCUCUGCUGAGCAGGACAAGCGUGCUGUAGAGAGGCUGGAGGUGGAGAAGGCCUUCCACCCCUUCAUCGCUGGUCCAUACAACAGACUUGUGGGUGAAAUCAUGCAGGAGACAGGGACUCGCAUCAACAUCCCCCCACCCAGCGUCAACCGGACAGAAAUUGUCUUCACUGGAGAGAAGGAACAGCUGGCUCAGGCAGUGGCUCGAAUCAAGAAGAUUUAUGAGGAAAAGAAAAAGAAGACCACAACCAUUGCAGUGGAGGUGAAGAAAUCCCAGCACAAGUAUGUCAUCGGGCCAAAGGGCAAUUCAUUGCAAGAGAUCCUGGAAAGAACUGGAGUUUCUGUUGAGAUACCGCCCUCAGAUAGCGUCUCUGAGACUGUGAUACUGCGGGGCGAGCCUGAAAAGUUGGGGCAGGCAUUGACUGAAGUUUAUGCCAAGGCCAAUAGUUUCACAGUCUCUUCUGUGUCUGCCCCUUCCUGGCUUCACCGGUUUAUCAUUGGCAAGAAAGGGCAGAAUCUGGCCAAAAUCACUCAGCAGAUGCCAAAGGCCAACAUAGCCGAGGUGGAGGUCUCGAUCCCUGCCAAACUGCACAACUCCCUUAUUGGCACAAAGGGGCGUCUGAUCCGCUCCAUCAUGGAGGAGUGUGGUGGGGUCCACAUUCACUUUCCCGUGGAAGGUUCUGGAAGCGACACAGUUGUCAUCAGGGGCCCUUCCUCAGAUGUGGAAAAGGCCAAGAAGCAGCUCCUACACUUGGCUGAAGAGAAGAUUAACCGGAUGGACUAUGUGGAGAUCAACAUUGACCACAAGUUCCACAGACACCUCAUUGGGAAGAAUGGAGCCAACAUCAACAGAAUCAAAGACCAGUACAAGGUGUCCGUGCGCAUCCCUCCUGACAGUGAGAAAAGCAACCUGAUCCGCAUUGAGGGCGACCCACAGGGUGUGCAGCAGGCCAAGCGGGAGCUUCUGGAGCUCGCCUCUCGCAUGGAAAAUGAGCGUACCAAGGAUCUAAUCAUUGAGCAAAGGUUUCAUCGCACAAUCAUUGGCCAGAAAGGUGAAAGGAUCCGUGAAAUUCGUGACAAAUUCCCAGAGGUUAUCAUUAACUUUCCAGACCCAGCACAAAAAAGUGACGUUGUUCAACUCAGAGGGCCUAAGAAUGAGGUGGAGAAAUGCACAAAAUACAUGCAGAAGAUGGUGGCAGACCUGGUGGAAAAUAGCUAUUCAAUUUCUGUUCCGAUCUUCAAGCAGUUUCACAAGAACAUCAUUGGGAAAGGAGGUGCAAACAUUAAGAAGAUUCGUGAAGAAAGCAAUACCAAGAUUGAUCUUCCUGCAGAGAACAGCAACUCUGAGACCAUUGUCAUCACAGGCAAGCGAGCCAACUGUGAAGCUGCCCGGAGUCGUAUUCUGUCCAUCCAGAAAGACUUGGUAAUGAUGGACAGCCUUGACCACUUCCUGUGUUAUAAAAUAGUAGGGCCUUUUGUUCCAGCCAUGCAGGGCCUUUGGGCUGGCAUGGGCUCCUACAAGCCUGCCCCUGUGAGCACUGGUAUACAGAAGGCACUCCAAGAGCUUUUGCUGCGCUCUGCCUUCUUGGCAGAGCCCUUCGCAGCUGUGGCCUUGCAAACCAAGAGCUUCACCGUGGAUAUCCGAGCCAAGCCAGAAUACCACAAAUUCCUCAUUGGCAAAGGGGGUGGCAAGAUCCGCAAGGUACGUGACAGCACCGGAGCUCGCAUCAUAUUCCCAGUAGCUGAGGACAAGGACCAGGACCUGAUCACCAUCGUAGGGAAGGAGGACGCUGUCCGCGAGGCACAGAAGGAACUGGAGGCCCUGAUUCAGAACCUGGAUAAUGUGGUUGAAGACUACAUGCUGGUGGAACCCAAGCACCACCGCCAUUUUGUUAUACGAAGAGGCCAGGUUUUGAGGGAGAUUGCUGAAGAAUAUGGUGGGGUGAUGGUCAGCUUCCCACGCUCGGGCACACAGAGUGACAAGGUCACCCUCAAGGGCGCCAAGGACUGUGUGGAGGCGGCCAAGAAGCGCAUUCAGGAGAUCAUCGAGGACCUGGAAGCUCAAGUCACAGUGGAAUGUGCUAUACCCCAGAAGUUCCAUCGAUCUGUCAUGGGCCCCAAAGGUUCCAGAAUCCAGCAGAUCACUCGGGAUUACAAUGUCCAGAUUAAGUUCCCUGACAGAGAGGAAAACCCAGGGCAGAGUGCAGAGCAAGCCAUCCAGGAGAAUGGCGAUGAGGCCGGGGAGGGCAGAGAGGCAGAUCCUGGCUCUCCCAGGAGGUGCGAUAUCAUCAUCAUCUCAGGCCGGAAGGAGAAGUGUGAAGCCGCCAAGGAAGCCCUUGAGGCAUUGGUUCCAGUCACCAUUGAAGUGGAGGUGCCCUUUGACCUUCACCGAUACAUCAUUGGGCAGAAAGGCAGCGGGAUCCGAAAGAUGAUGGAUGAGUUUGAGGUGAAUAUACACGUCCCGGCUCCUGAGCUGCAGUCUGACAUCAUUGCCAUCACUGGCCUGGCUGCGAAUUUGGGCCGGGCCAAGGCCGGGCUGCUGGAGCGAGUGAAGGAGCUGCAGGCUGAGCAGGAGGACCGGGCUUUACGGAGUUUUAAGCUGAGUGUCACUGUAGACCCCAAAUACCAUCCCAAGAUUAUUGGGCGGAAGGGGGCAGUCAUCACGCAGAUCCGCCUGGAGCACGAUGUGAACAUCCAGUUUCCUGAUAAGGAUGACGGGAGCCAGGCCCAGGACCAGAUCACCAUCACGGGGUAUGAGAAGAACACAGAAGCUGCCCGAGAUGCCAUCUUGAAAAUUGUGGGUGAGCUUGAGCAGAUGGUUUCUGAGGACGUCCCGCUGGACCACCGUGUCCAUGCCCGCAUCAUUGGUGCCCGGGGCAAAGCCAUCCGCAAAAUCAUGGAUGAGUUCAAGGUGGACAUUCGCUUUCCGCAGAGUGGAGCUCCAGAUCCCAACUGCGUCACUGUGACAGGGCUCCCGGAGAACGUGGAGGAAGCCAUCGACCACAUCCUUAACUUGGAGGAGGAAUAUCUGGCCGACGUGGUGGACAGCGAGGCCCUGCAGGUUUACAUGAAGCCCCCGGCACACGAGGAAUACAAGGCCCCCUCCAAGGGGUUCGUGGUGCGGGAUGCUCCCUGGACUGCCAGCAGCAGUGAGAAGGCUCCCGAUAUGAGCAGCUCUGAGGAAUUUCCCAGCUUUGGGGCUCAGGUGGCCCCUAAGACCCUCCCUUGGGGGCCCAAGCGAUAAUGAACAAAAGGCAGAAAGCUCUCCAGCCUGCUGACCUGAACCUAGCCACACCACGGUUUGUCUCAAUCUGACCCAGCAGCUGGACCCUGGUAAAUUGUUGACGCUCUUUCCCCCUCCCCGAGGUCUCGCAGUGAAGCCUGGUUGGCAGCCAGUGGGCUCAGCCACCUGCCCCUGGCACUGUGCUCUGGGACAGGCACACUUUUCAACACUAAGCAAAGUAACUGAGCAUCUCCUGAUAACACAGACUCCAGCUUCCUGGCCCACCCAGCAUGCAGUCAGCACUCUGACCUCCAUUACCAGAGCUCCACAGCAGCGGCUAGGAGUCGACUUCCUGUGUCAUGACCUCAGGAAAUAAAUUUCCUUGACUUUAUAAAAGCCAAAA